AAAUAGAAUUGGUGGAAGAGUAAAGCAAUACCAAAGAUUGAGCGUUAAGUUAUGGAGAAAGUGAGAACACAAUUUAAUUCUCACUAAAAUUUUGCGUUCCAUUCAUUCUUCUCUUUUUCCUUAACCAUUAAUAAUUAAAUAAAACUCCUCUACAAAUAUUAUCUUUCACUCUCAGUUUGCAACUUGUUUUUAGCUAUAAAAACAAUCGGAAUAUAUCAUCCGAGCCAACGUGGACGGUAUCGAUGUUAUCAACCAAAUAAGUUUUUUUUUUUUUUUUUUUUUUUUAAAACAUCAACCAAAUAAGUUUGAAACGAGCGUGAAUCAGAGUUGUUUUUUUCGAGCUAAGGAAAGGAAAUCAUUCAGUUUCCUUUCUCUUUCUGUAAAUUACGAAUUUUAAAAGCCCAGAAAGGAAUUUAUUUUUAAUUUUCUUGGCCCAUAUUAAAAAAACCAAUUUUUAAUUUUUCUUGGGAAUACCAAUUAGACUUUAUUCUGGAUUAGAAUUAUUUUAUUAUAUAAGUAUAAAAAUUAUCCAGUAGGAGAGAGAAAAUACAGGAGAGUUUAGGAGAGAGAAAAAAAGGGGAGUGAGGCAAAAUGUUGUGUAGAAUGAUACCAAAGAAGAAGAAGACAGGUGCGGUACCAGUUUACUUGAAUGUGUACGAUCUUACCCCCAUUAAUGGCUACGCUUACUGGCUUGGUCUUGGUGUCUAUCAUUCUGGUGUUCAAGUUCAUGGCGUUGAAUAUGCUUUUGGAGCUCAUGAUCAUGCCACGACUGGGGUAUUUGAAGUGGAACCGAAGCAAUGCCCUGGCUUCACAUUCCGAAAAUCAAUCUUGAUAGGAAGAACAGAUUUAGGUGCUAAAGAAGUUCGCGCAUUGAUGGAGAAACUAUCCAAAGAGUACUUUGGCAAUACAUACCAUCUUAUUAGCAAAAACUGUAACCACUUUUGCAAUGAUCUGUGUAUACGUUUAACCGGAAAGCCAAUUCCAAGUUGGGUCAAUCGACUAGCUCGACUGGGUCUACUGUGCAAAUGUGUUCUCCCAGCAGCCUUGGAUGAAGCUAAGGUUCGCCAUAUUAGGGCUGAAAGCAAGGCACGUAGUGAUGUAGAUAAGAAAAAAUUAAGAAGCCAAUCAAGUAGGUUUGAGCCUUCAAAUUCUACAUCAGCAGCAUUGUCUGAUUGUUCUACAGCUUCUGCUAGCAGAAGUAGGAGGCAGAGACGCUGUGUUCCUCCAUCUUCGUCUUUGAUUUGUGCUUACCCUCAGCAGGAAGCUGUUUCAUAGAAAGCAUCUAUUUUUUAGGUUUGCAAUGUAAAUUUGUGGUGCAGACAUUAAUGGUAGAAGGUGCAUGUUUCAAUUUAUUUUAAAUUUUCGCUGAUAGUUUCUGUUACCAGCUGCUGGUGAAAGCAAUGCAGCAGUCUCUCAAGUGUAUCAAGUUCCUUAUUUUGCCAUGUAAUUCCUGUUCAUGA